AUGGAGGAUACCAAAAUUAUUUACCAUAUAGACGACGAAAACACACCUUAUCUAGUAAAGUUAUCAGUAAAUGCGGAUAAGGUUACUCUUGGCGACUUCAAAGCCGCUUUAAACAGACCGAAUUACAAGUUUUUCUUCAAGUCGGUUGACGCUGAUUUUGGUGUUGUGAAAGAAGAGAUUAGUGAUGACUCAGCCUGUCUCCCCUGUUUUAAUGGGAGGGUAAUAGCAUGGUUUUAUACAGUUGUUUUGAAGCUUAUAUUUGUUCUAUUUGCAUGGAAGCUUGUCACCGCCGAUGGAAGUGCAAAAUCGGACAACCAUUCUUCCACUGGUGAUGGAUUAGUCGCCAGAACUGGUGAUUUCCAUGAUGAACCAGGUAGAAAUGCGACUUCAAACAAGGCGAACGCCAAUGACAACCGUGAUGAAUGUGAAACUUGCGGUGACAGUGAGUCAGUAUGCAGUGGCGAUCAUCUUCCUCCACUUCGAAACUUCCAAAGCUACAAACAGGGCAAGUUUUCUUGUCCUCCCUCAUUCCUUAUUCCUGCUUUGUUACUCGGUCCUAGACUUGAGCUGGAUGCCAGUAUGAGUAUCAAACCGACUCGACAGUGCGAAACCCACAACGCAAUUGAACGCAUGGAAACGAAGACACAGUUGUACAUGUGCUUGGUGCAUAAGUAUACGGUCUACGAGGGAAACUGGAUUAGUCAUUCCUCUUUCACAUUUAUUCUGAAGGGCAAAAUGCCAAACUCCGAUUUGGAGUCCACGAGCUUCUUUGAUUCGGAGGAUGAAUCUAGCCGGUUCUCUACGGCUACUGGGACGACUAUGUCCUCCAUACGCUACGGAGCUCACAGACAACGGCGCCGUCGACGUUUUAUGCCCAUCAGUCGGAUUAGUGAGGAUGCGUCUUCAUACAGCAGCAUGACGGACUCGACAAUGUCAUUGAACAUAAUGACGGUAACGCUGAAGAUGGAGGCGGUGAAUUAUCUGGGCAUCUCCAUUGUGGGUCAAUCGAACCGUGCAGGUGACGGUGGCAUCUACGUGGGCUCUAUCAUGCGUGGUGGUGCCGUUGCUUUGGAUGGGCGCAUUGAACCUGGCGAUAUGCUGCUUGAGGUUAAUGGCAUCUCCUUCGAGGAUAUGAGCAACGAUGAUGCUGUCCGCGUGCUUCGUGAACAAGUCCAGAAACCUGGGUAUAUCAGUUCUGCUAUUUAA